GGCCAUGGGAGGGGACAUGAUACGUCAUUUUCACCACAUGCUGAGAUUGAUCCCGAAAAGAAGGCGUGCAGUGCAGUUGCAGAGUUUGUACCAUGACUAGAAGCUUCUGUUGAUACUUGUCCGUAUUGCUUCGUUCUCCUUGCAUAUUCUAACACAGGAAGGAUAUAGGAUAGGCAGGAACAGAUUAAAUUAUUCAUCCCACCCACUUUCGAAACGAUAUACUUUUUUUUUCUUUUUCCAUUUUACAUUCAAAAUUAUACCCCGCUUCUUUACCCCUCCAACACAUCACAAAAAUAAUUUACAUCUCUACACAAUAUGGCAGCACCGGCAGUAACAGGUCCUUUGAUCCAAUUGAACAAUGGAGUUCAAAUGCCAGCCCUUGGUUUCGGUACAUUUGCCAAUGAGGGUAGCGUAGGAGAAACACACAAGGCCGUCGUGGCAGCAUUGAAUGCAGGAUACAGACAUUUGGACUGUGCAUGGUUUUACCAAAAUGAGGGUGAAGUCGGAACUGGUGUCAAAGAAUUCCUGGCUGCCAAUCCAAGUGUGAAGAGAUCCGAUAUUUUCAUCGUCACAAAAGUCUGGAACCACUUUCACGACCCCGAAGAUGUUGAAUGGAGUUUGAAGAACUCGUUAGAGAAGCUCCAAACACCAUACAUUGAUGCAUUUUUGAUUCAUUGGCCCAUUGCCGCAGAAAAGAAUGAAGAUAGAUCGGUAAAGAUUGGCGCUGAUGGCAAGGUAAGCAUAUUGACUGGUUAAACUUCUGCAAGAGGAAAAAUCUAACAUGUGAAAUAGUACGUCAUCAAGAAAGAUUUGACAGAAAAUCCAGAGCCAACAUGGAGAGCAAUGGAGAAGUUAUACAAGGAGGGACUUGCAAAAGCUAUUGGUGUUUCGAAUUGGACCGAGAAAGGACUUGAACAACUUUUGGCAUUUGCUGAGGUUAAGCCUACCAUUAACCAAAUCGAAAUCCAUCCUUUCCUCCCACAACAAAAACUCAUCGACUACUGUCUUUCCAAAGAGGUCGUACCAGUCGCCUACUCACCAUUAGGAAGUCAGGACCAAGUUCCUGGUACCGGUGAGAAGGUGUCCACCAACAAAGAGCUGAAUGCUAUCGCAGAGAAGAAUGGAGUUUCUUUGGCACAGGUAUUGAUCGCAUGGGGAUUAAAGAGAGGAUAUGCUGUUCUACCCAAGAGCAGCAACCCAGGAAGAAUUGCCGGUAAUGCGAAAUUGAUCACGCUUAGUGAAGAGGAUUUCGCGGCGGUUAACAAGGUCGCAGAGGGAAGAGCGACGAGAUUCGUUAACAUGAAAGAUACCUUUGGUUACAAUGUUUGGCCAGAAGAGAAGUAAUUUGGGAUUUGAGCUGGUCUCACAUCAGGCGUUAGGAUACAACUAAGAAGAAUACCAAUUAAGAAGAAUACCAAUUGAAAGAAUCCUUUCAAGUUCCAUAUCAUUUUUUCGAGGAUGCGUAUAAU